GUUCGCGAUUUGCUGAAGAGUCGGUUCAAAGGAGCGAUUCAUUGAGGAGUCGGUACAUCAGUAAGUGCACGGUCAUCCGCCCAGUCACGUUCAGCAAUGGUACACAGAGCAGCGGCCUCAUCCACAGCGGUACGAGAUGGCUACGUUAAUGGAACGACUGGCUUUCCUUCAGAAAGUGCCGACACUUAUGAAGGCGACUGCAGAUGACGAAGCGCCCUGCCCCGGAUACCUCUUUGAAGAAAUUAACAAAAUUUCACACGAGUCGGUGGGCUGCUGUCAGUGUCUUCUUGAAUACCUCCUGGAGCGUUUGCAGGUGGAGUCCUGUCAUGUGAAACUGAAGGUUCUGAAGAUCCUCCUGCAUCUAUGUGGCCACGGUCCUCCUCACUUUCUCACAGAGCUGAGGCGAAAUGCUACGUUUAUCCAAGAAGUAACAGUUUACAGUGGUCCCCCAGACCCCAUUCAUGGCAACGCACCUUUUCAAAGAGUCCGUGUCUCAGCGCAGGAACUGGCCAGUGUGCUGUUCAAUGAUACAUUGUCUGCAAACACUGGACUCUCUCCAUGCAAAGCAGCAACUCCAAGCUUGGGAAUGGGAUCAGAGUCUCUCAGGUCAGGAAUGCAGGGGUUUGGAAACAGCCCUGGGAGGAAACCAUCCAACAGAGCAACUCUUUUGGAUAAGAUUCAGAAGGCUGCAGAAGUGGUUGCCAGUGCUGUCCUUCCACCCACAGAGCAGCCUGGUAUUCGUCUCCAUGACAACCUCUACCGGGCUGUGGUUGCGCCCUCUGCUGCUGUGGAGGUGGCAGUGCCAGCAUGUGCUUACAACGUUUCCUCACACAGCCACAAAGCCUCUCACAGGUGCCCUGGGCAGGCCGGUGGUGGCUGGGAGGAGACCAGCAGUGGCCACAGCUCCUCUCACAACUCCUCUCUUGAGAUUGAGCCACUAAGCCACACUUCCAGGGGGAACAGCAGCAAAUCUGGUGAGACAGGCAGCCACUCGGGGGCCAGCCGAGAGAGUGGAGAGUUGUCAGAACGUGUGGAGGCUAUGCAGUUGGGAGAUUGUGGCCAGGAGAUGGCGCUAAUCAGCAAUCUGACUAACGGUUCCAAAAUCUUCCUGUCUAGAGAUGAAAGCCAGCAUUUCAUCAAAGAGUGUUCUAUUUUAAACUGUGAGGUUGUGGUGGAGCUUCUCUCUCAAAAACUGAAGGACUCCACUCAGACUGUCCAGAUGAGGGCACUAUGUGGCCUUGCCUGCCUGAUGUCUACAGAUCUUCUCUCUCUGGACCAGAUCUUCUGUGUCACACACAAGCCCCUAGCCCAGCUGAGCGAGGGAGCAGCAGGACCUGUAGCAAACAAAGCAACCAAGCUCCUUAGGCAGUUUGAAGCUCUACUGGGCAGUCCAACGCCAGUGACAAAGAGUGACAUUAUGGUCUGUCCAGAAUCAUCCAGCCCUUCACUCUCAGGGCAGCCAUUAGAUUCCACCCUCGCCAGCCCCCUUCUGCCAACACCAUUGGAUGCUGUAGCACCAUCAGGCAUUUCAUCCACACAUUGCCCACAGGCUCUCUCUUCUAGACUUGGCCUGGAGCAAGAGAAGGCUGAUAGUGUUGCUGAAGAAUCUGCUCAUGGAGCACAGUUAGAGGAAAAAGCAGAGAACCAGCAGGCUAUUCAUGAGGACAGGGACAGACCCAGAGAGCCUUGUGAGGCCCCCGAGCCCCUCAGACACCAUCCCACACUGUCACUGUUUAGUGGCAUGGAGCUGGUAAACAGAGGGAAACCCGUGUGUCUGGUUGAGCCUGUUCCUGUGGAACAAGAUAGCCAGACAGGGGCAGAAGGCUAUACGGACUUGGCUGUGAAGAGAAGGACAGAAAAAUCUUCAGAUUCCUCUAGCAGUGAACUCCAGCACAGCACUGGACAAGUAUCUGCCUUCUCCUUCCUCAACCUCUGAGCGUCUGACAGAAGAACACCAUGAUAAAGGGUGCAAUAUUAUUUAAUGACAUGAACCUAAACAAAACCUCUGAAUUCCAAACACCUCAAUUCUCUAGAACCCAGCCUACAGUGGUAGUUUUUUUUUGUUCUUCUUUCACAGUGGUCCCAUCACUAAUUCUGAAAAAAUGUAAAUGAACAAGCUUGCAAUUUCCAGAAAGUGCACCAGAGACAUUAGUGCAUGUUGGGUGCAAAAAUGCAAUUAACACUUACUUACACUCUUUAUGUGUAUUUGAAUGCUGCUGUGGUUUACAACCAGGGACUGAGCUUGACAAGAGUAUAAUGAUUCUGUUUACAGUUUGACAUCAGAAUUAUGUAGUACAUUGUCCAAAUUACAAAGUUUUCACAUGGAGACAUAAUGCUGUCCUACAAAUUACACAUACACCCAGAAAUUCUGUUUUGGCCAUUUGCAGAACAAUAAGAGUUAAAAAAGCAGAACAGCUGGAAAAUUUCACUGCCUGGAGUUGCUAAUCUACAUCUACAGCUAAUCUACCUGACUUCAGAAUCCUGUUACUUAACUGUGGUGCAGUGUAUGUGGUUGAAGUGUUCAGAAGGUCUCAUGUGUGCUGCGAGUUCUGCCCUAAUUAGCCCAGGUUUGCUUCAUAACUUUCCUGGGAUUAUAUGAAAAGUUCUAAAUCAUCCAUAUUUCUCCAGCACAUGAAGAAAGGCAUUGGUUUAAAGGUGUCUUUAUACACUUUGGUGCAGUUGUACACCCAAUUCCUCACAUCACUGUCUGGUCUCUUCGUGUAUUAAUUAUGAACAAAAACUAAUUAAGUACUUGAGUGUUUUACUUUGAAGGCUAAGACAGAGAUACCUCAGGAUUCAUAUAAUUAGUGUUACGUUUGGAUUUUGCACUAUGGAGUUAAUCUUCAGAAGCACCUGUGUCUUCCAAUCUUAUAUGAUCAAAUAACAAACACAAGCAUUAACACUUUUAAAGGGAAUUCCACUGAUUUCUUUAAACAUCUUCAUAACUAAAUAGUAAAGAUAUACAGAGUCUGUCAGAGAGGUUUGAUAUGAAACUUAGCGAGAACUGCUCACAGCAGUGGUGAUAUGAACCAGAUGUCCGCUAUUGUGAAUAUGCUGCCUGAUGGCUGACAUUGUUUUACAGUAGUUUUGAGAACUUUUUGAGAAGCUUAAUCAACAUUCAGAAGAUGUAGGUUCACUGGUCGUUUUUGGAUAUUAAAUAAAAUGGCUAUAUUUUUGUUGUAGACUUCCACUAUAACAAAACCAGAGCCAGCACGUUUCUCUACAAUGCAGCUGUUCACAUUAAACCACUCUGAAUAACUUUGUUUACAUCUCAGCAAUUGACUUACGCAGAAAUUUGAAAAAUGGAUGGAAUUCACUUUAAGCAUUUACAGUAUAGAUGUGGGUUUUUGUUUGUUGAUUUAUUUAUUUAUUUUUUUUUUGUGGCACCAAAUCUCAGGGCUUGUAUUCACAAAGAUUCUAAGAAAGUGCUGAUUUAGGAUCAGGUUCCUCUUUUAUUUACUAUGACUUUACUGACAGGAAUAGAUCCUAGAUCAGUGCUCCUACUUUGAAAAGCUUCAUGAAAACUGGUCCUGAAGUAUUAGUUAACUACGUAUGUCUUUGCAAAUUAUGCCAUUUAGUUGAUUAAACAUUUGUAUGUCAUGGAUGUGUGACAAAAGCCAUGUAACAACAAAUGCAGGUUCUAACAGAAUAUCUGCUCUAUUACUCCAAUUUCUGCAUUUUAUGUAUGGAUCUACAAACC